AUGAACAAAGUGGUUCUAAAUCUGCUUAUAAUAUAUUAUUUACUAAUUUACAACAUUGCGCAUUCGCUGUCAGAGACAAUGAUGCCUCGGAGCAACUGUAUGAACAAUUGA